CAUCGCUCAGCUAUUCGACGACCAGAACACGACAUAUCAUGAAAAUCACUCAAAAGAUUCAACAAUCUGCUAACAAUGACAAAAUAUGGUGGUCCUUCGAGUACUUCCCGCCUCGAACCGCACAGGGCCUCCAGAAUCUACUUGAUCGUAUAGAGCGCAUGCGCGCAUUAGGCCCUGAAUUCAUCGACAUUACAUGGAAUGCGGGUGGUAGGACUUCGGACCUUACUUCAGAGAUGGUCAAAACAUGCCAGGGUUUGAUUGGGAUGGAGACGUGCAUGCAUCUAACAUGUACCAACAUGCCUAAAGAGAAGGUGGACAUCGCUUUGCGGGAAGCAAAGCAACAUGGGUGUAGAAAUGUCCUCGCUCUUCGAGGCGACCCACCGUCUGGCAAAGACGAAUGGGAAGCAGUAGAAGGUGGCUUCGUCCAUGGAAUUGACCUCGUCAGGCAUAUCCGCCGCGACUACGGAGAUUACUUUGACAUCGCGGUUGCAGGUUUCCCUCAGCACAUGGCGCUCCCCCCAGACGAACGCGACCAGGAGAUACAAUGGCUGAAGGAGAAGGUUGAUGCUGGCGUCGCGUUCAUUUUCACCCAAAUGUUUUAUGAUGUCCAAUUGUUCAUCGACUGGGUCAAAGCCAUUCGAGCCGCGGGUAUCACCAUUCCUAUCGUCCCAGGUAUUGCACCUAUCCAGACAUGGAACGGUUUCCAGCGUGCCACUAGCCUGGCCAAAAUUGUAGUGCCGCAGUCUUUCUUGGACGCACUUGAACCGAUAAAGAACGAUGACGAGAAGGUCAGGGAGGUCGGAACGAGGCUAGUCGCAGAUAUGUGUAGAAGAAUCCUCAAAGAGGAUAUCGGAAUUCGUGGUUUGCAUUUCUAUACCAUGAAUCUGGAGAAGGGCACGAAGAUGCUGUUGGAGGAACUGAACCUUGUCCCGAGAAUCGAGACCAUCAAGCCCCUCCCUUGGAGGCAGUCUCUCACACCAAACAGACGUCAAGAAUCAAUCCGUCCCAUCUUCUGGGCGAAUAGGACUAAAUCCUACAUCUCUCGGACAGAAAACUGGGAUGAAUACCCCAAUGGACGUUUCGGAGACUCACGCAGUCCUGCUUAUGGAGAGCUCGAUGGUUAUGGUGUUUGGAUUAAACAAACCGUAAAGGAUGCUCUCAAACUCUGGGGCCACCCGACAAGUUUUGCUGAUAUUGCAUCCCUUUUCUCUCGUUUCUGCACAAAGAAACUAUCGGCUUUGCCAUGGUCAGAUCAAGCACCCUCCCAGGAAACUUCCGUCAUCGCCGAGCAGCUGGCUACCAUGAACGAGUUUGGCUUCUUGACUAUCAACUCGCAACCCGCUGUGAAUAGUGCCCGAAGCGACGACCCAGUCUUCGGCUGGGGCCCAAGCAACGGUUACGUUUAUCAGAAGGCUUAUCUUGAAUUCUUCGUCAACCCAACACUUUUGAAUCUUCUCUUGACACACAUUGAGCGAGACAGCAACAUUACAUAUUAUGUGAUCAACAAACGUGGUGAUUUGCGGACCAACACCCAUUCGGACGGCCCCAACGCUGUUACGUGGGGGGUCUUCCCAGGGAAGGAGAUCGUUCAACCUACCAUCGUCGAAGCGGUCAGCUUCAUGGCGUGGAAGGACGAGGCCUUCGAACUCGGCCAGCAAUGGGCCAAGCUUUACGAGGCUAACUCCCCCUCCCAGAAGCUGAUCACUGAACUCAUGGAUACUUGUUUCCUCGUCAACGUGGUCCACAACGAUUUCCAUGAGCCAGAUGCCAUUUUCAAACCCUUCCUUAAGGCUGGUGCAGAAUAUGUCGCAGCGAAAGCGAAAGCCACGGCUGUCAAUGGCCAUUGAUAUGAGGCUUUUGAACGACGAUCAUGACGAAACACUUUUUCUUCUCUGUACUUUUUCUCGUGAUACCAGCUUGUUGAUCUCCUUUCCCUAUUAUG